AUGAUAUCCGAAACGGACCUCACACACCUCGGCCGCUGCGUGGCUCUGGCCCGGGCGGCGCUCGACGCGGGGGACUCGCCUUUCGGGUCGGUGCUGGUGCGCACCUCGACGGGCGCCGUGCUGCGCGAGGACCGCAACCGCAUCACGACCGGGCGGGACGUCACCCUCCACCCGGAGUUGUCGCUGGUGGUGUGGGCGCAGCGCCGGCUGACCGACCCCGCCGACCGCGCCGACACCACCGUCUACACCUCCGGCGAGCACUGUCCCAUGUGCGCGGCCGCCCACGCCAACGCCGGCAUGGGGAGGAUCGUGUACGUCGCGUCGUCGGCGCGGUUGGGGGAGUGGAGGGAGGAAAUGGGCGCGACGCCCGGCCCGGUGGCGCUGUUGCCGGUCUCCGUGGUCGCGCCGGGAGUGAGGUGUGUCGAGGGACUGACGGAUGGGAUCGGAGAUGCAGAUGCAGAUGCGGACGGCAAAGGAACAGCGUCGGCCUCGACGCCGGGGACACCGACAGAAACCGGUGGAUCGAUCUCAUCGGGUUCGGCGGCAUUGAUCCGCGAAGUAAAAGAGUUGCAUCGUCUUAAGCAUGAACGGCAACAACAACAACAACAACAGACACAAGCGGGAUUGAAACCUGUCGAGACUUAG